AUGAAAUACUCUGUCAUCUGUAGUUCUACACUUUCACUUUGGUUUCUUGUCGUCGUUUCGGUCGCAACCGACAGCACGACCAAGACAAGAGCAAGAAACCUCCGAGGCAAGCAAACCAAAGUGUUCAUUCCUAUAUCUCAACCUGGUGAAGUACAAGACAUCAUCGAGGCAAAAAAGGAAAAUGAGGCAGAAGAGCCAACGGCAUGGGAAAAAGAAGAAGCCUACCUAGAAUCUCUUGGAAUCACGGGGGAAGAAGAAGGAGAAGAUCCGGAAUCGACCUGGGAAAAGGAAGAAGCCUACAUUGAAUCUCUUGAAAAUGGAAAUGACACCAACAUGGAUUCUUCGACAGUCAAUGUUGUGGAAGAAAAAACAACGGAAGCAAAUGCCAAAGACUUUGAGGAGUCGCUCGGAGAACAAGAAGACGUUAUCGAUUCGAAGGGAGGCCGAGAAGAGACACCAUAA